AUGGCCUCUCCCAAGCAUGUGACGAUCCUAGGAGCCGGCCUCACCGGGCUUGUCACCGCUUUUCGCUUAUCGCAAGCUCUCCCCGCGACCAAAAUCACCAUCCUCGACAAGAGCUCCCGAGCUGGAGGGUGGGUGGGGUCAUCGCGACAUCCCGUGGCUUUCAAGGAUGAAGACGGCGAGGAUGUAAAAGGAGAGGUCACGCUAGAGAGUGGUCCGAGGAGUAUCAGACCGAGAGGUAGUGCCGGCGCUGCUGGCAUGCUGAAAUUGAUUAGAGAUCUAGACUUAGAGGACGCUAUCAUACCGGUAUCACUAUCAUCACCGGCAGCAAAGAACCGUUUCCUGCUCGAUCCUACCACCAAAACCCUGACGAAGCUCCCCUCGUCCCUCCUAUCCAUCGGAGGCCGACAACCGCCCCUUCUGCGCGGUCUCCUCCCGUCCGCUCUGGCCGAGCCCUUUAAAUCUCGUCCACCACCGUCAGUCCAUGAUGAGUCGGUCGACUCGUUCAUCCGCCGCCGUCUCGGCCCGGGCAUUGCAGAAAAUAUGAUCUCGGCGAUGGUACACGGUAUCUACGCCACAGACUCGAGGAGGCUGUCCGUGCGGGCCGCUUUCCCCAGUAUGUGGGACGCGGAGAGCAAGGCGGGGAGUCUAAUCCUGGGAAUGCUAAGAGGGACGAAGAGCAAAGCGGACAAGGAGGAGGAGAAGCGGGAGUGGGCGGAUCUGGGGGUUUUGGGCAAGAGUAGGGAGAAGUGGAGUCUGUACGGACUCCAGGGUGGGCUGGGGACUUUGACAGCGAGGCUGGACCGGGAAGUUCGGAGAAGAGGGGUCGAGAUGCGGAUGGGCGAGGUCGCGACGGACGUGGAACCAAGUCGCGAGGCUGACCUGCAGAUGAUCACCCCCACGUCAAGCUUCCACACCUCACACCUCAUCUCAGCUCUCGCUCCCCCUACCCUCUCGACUCUCCUCCCAUAUCUCCCCCACCUACUCUACAACACAUACACUACCGUCGGGGUUCUCAACCUCGUCUAUCCCCUUCCACCCGCCCGCAUCCACCCAGCCGGCUUUGGCUACCUCGUCCCCCGCUCCCCUACAUCGCUCAACCCCGAAGGUAUCCUGGGCGUCAUCUUCGACUCGACAGCCGUACCUGGGAAUGACGACCUGGCGGUCGAAGGCAAAGUCACCAAGUUGACCAUGAUGAUGGGCGGACCGUGGUGGUCUAGCUAUCCCGUAUCGGAGGGACGGACGGUCUCGCCGCCUGCUAGCGCAGAGGAGUUGGUCCAGCCGGCACUCGAGCACCUACACCGGGUCUUUCCGGUACUCAAGGACGCCAAGCCGCUCAUCGCCAUCCCACAGAUCCAGAAAGACUGUAUCCCGACGUAUCUUACAGGUCAUGGUGGGAGGCUGAGGGAGCUGCACCACUACCUGUCGGAUGCUGGAGAUGGGAGCGGAGUGCAGGGCAGGGUGAGCCUGGUGGGGAAUGGAUAUGGCGGAGUCGGGGUAAAUGACUGUGUCUUGUCGGCAGAAGAGGUGGUCAGGGGUCUAGCAGCGGGAGGCAGACCGACGGGGCUGGAGAGAUGGGCGCACUGGGAAUGA